GAUUAGAUCUAUACAUGAAUAAUUAUGCAACUUGCUCGGCAUGUAAUAAGUUAUAUGAACCUGAUAAAGUAAUAACAAAAAGGCCUAGACAAAUCCCGAUAUGUCUUAAUUGUAAUUUUGUAAAAUAUCCUAGUUAUCCAAUAACUAAACAGAGACAACCUUGCAAUCAACAAUUGGCAAAGAAGAUAUCUACAAAGGAUGGAAUGUUUUGUCCUUUGCUAACUUACCCAACAAUCA